GCCAGUCCUGCUCUCAGGAAGAAGUUGAUAAGCUGAACAAGGAAAAUGCCAAGAAUGAAAGUUCUGUUCUGCUUGAAAUGGAUCUACCCAAAUUUCAUACUGAAGGGCCAGUGGAGAAAGAAGAAAGUUUGGCUUUCAAAAGCUGUUACAAGUACAGGAGAAGCUCUGUUCAGAAAUCCUUCACUACAGUAAAGCAGCAAGAUGAUGCUGGUGAUAACGCUUGUCAGAGGGUAACUGGGCAGGAGAUAGAGAGUGAGUCCCUAACAGACGGGGAGAGGAAGGAGGAACAUUGGGUGUCUGGAAAUGAAAGACAAGAGGAGCAGGAGAAUGAAAGGGAAGGAAAUGCUGGUAGGAGUGAAAAAGUUGAGGAACCACCAGCUCCUUCCCAAAAUGAAGAUGAGGCAGGACAAAGCCAUGAUCAAGAGGCACCAGACGGAAGGUGUAAAGGCUGCGAAAAAGAUGGUAGUCCUACUCCACCAGCACCGUUUGAUCACCGGAUUGUCUCAGCCAAAAGGGUGGGGAUCAGCAGUUAUUAUAAUGUCAGCGAGAAUGAAAUCCUGGGAGGAGGGCGAUUUGGUCAAGUGCACAAAUGUGAAGAGAAGGCAACAGGUCUCAAACUAGCAGCCAAAAUUAUAAAAGCAAAAGGUCCUAAACAGAAGGAUGAAGUAAAGAAUGAAAUCAAUGUCAUGAACCAGCUGAAUCACGUCAAUCUCAUCCAGCUAUAUGAUGCCUUUGAAUCUAAAAAUGACAUUGUACUAGUCAUGGAAUAUGUGGAAGGAGGAGAGUUAUUUGACCGAAUUAUUGAUGAAAACUGCAAUUUGACAGAGAUGGAUACUAUCUUGUUCAUAAAACAGAUCUGCGAGGGAAUUCAGUACAUGCACCAAAUGUACAUUCUUCAUUUGGAUCUCAAGCCUGAGAAUAUCCUGUGUGUGAACCGAGCAGCAAAUCAAAUAAAAAUUAUUGAUUUUGGAUUGGCGAGAAGAUAUAAACCCAGGGAAAAACUUCGAGUUAACUUUGGGACUCCAGAAUUUCUUGCUCCUGAAGUUGUGAAUUAUGAGUUUGUCUCCUUUCCUACAGACAUGUGGAGCGUAGGAGUCAUCGCUUAUAUGCUCCUCAGUGGAUUGUCUCCUUUUUUGGGUGAUGAUGACAAUGAGACUCUCAACAAUAUCCUGUCCUGUAGCUGGGAUUUUGAAGAUGAGGAAUUUCGAGGUGUUUCUGACCAGGCCAAAGAUUUCAUCUCAAAGCUUCUCAUCAAGGAAAAAUGCUGGAGAAUAAGUGCAACUGCUGCCUUAAAACACCCAUGGUUAUCAGACCACAAGCUCCACUGCAGACUCCAGGUCCCUAAAUUUAAAUAUUCUUGUGCAUUGUAG